AUGUUCCCUCCUGAGCUCCGCGACGAGGACCGUCUCCCUGCGGGCGAGCAGAAGGUCGACUUCUCGCAGAAGCACCCUCUCUUCAACGACCUUUGCCCCCAGGACUCUUACACUGAGGAGGGUGUUUACUGGGCCGACCUGCCGUUCAAGCAGCGUCAGCGUUGGGUGAACCGCCAGGCGACCGCCGAGUGCAAGCGUGAGCUCAAGGUCGUCUGGGAGAUGUUCAAGAACGACCCCCUUUCGCCCUUCACCGCCUACUGCCGCCGCUACGUCGUUACCGGAAUGGGCAUGUUCACCGAGGGUUACACGAUCUUCUCUAUCGGUAACAUCUCGUCGCUCUUCCAGUCGGUCUGGCCCGAGUGCUGGAAGACCCACGAGGUCUGUGAGGCCAACUGGGUCGCCGGUGUCUCAUACAUCCAGAUCAUUGGUAUCAUUUGCGGUCAGAUCGGUGUCGGUUUCGAGGGUGACUGGAUUGGUCGCCGUGUUGGUCUCGUCCAGGACGCUCUUGUCAUGGCUCUCGGUCUCGUCAUGCUUACCGCUUCGUGGGGUACCACCCUUAACGGUUGGGUCAUCUGCUAUGCCUGGUCUCAGUUCGUCUACACCCUCGGUGUCGGUGGCGAGUACCCCAUGACUUCCACCACCGCUCUCGAGGCCAAGACCUCGUCCUCUGGCUCUUCGCAGACCGACGACAAGCUCCACCGUGGCCGCAACGUCGUUCUUGCGUUCCUCAUGCAGGGUUGGGGCCAGCUCCUCAACCAGGGUCUCCUGAUUGUCAUGCUCCUCAUCUUCCACGGUGGCUCGACCCCGCCCUACUCGAAGACGACCGCUCAGUGGACGUUCCGUCUCUCGUUCGCCUUCAUGAUCCCCCCUACCCUCUGGCUCGCCUACCACCGUUACUACAAGCAGACCUACUCCUCGGCCGCUCUCCAGAAGUCGAAGAAGAACGCUCGUGUCAACCAGUCUGGCUACGACAUUCAGUCGCUUCGCCUCGUUGCUACCCACUUCGGUGGUCGUCUCAUCGGUACGACCAUGGGCUGGCUCACUGCCGACUUCCUCUUCUACGGUGCUAAGCUCUUCGCCUCGUCGUUCAUCAAGGUCAUCACCCCCGGCUCCAAGUCUGUCAUGACCGGAUGGCUCUGGAACCUGCUCAACGUCGGUGUCUCGCUCGUCGGUUACUAUCUCGCUGCCCUGAUGGUCGACCACAAGUUCUACGGACGCAAGCGCAUGCAGUCUAUCGGCCUGCUGUUCUGCGGUAUCCUCUACCUCCUCCCCGCCAUCUGGUACACGCAGCUCCGCUCGCGCGCCCACAUUGCUGGUUUCCAGACGAUCUACUUCCUCGCCUCCUUCUUCCAGCAGUUCGGUCCCAACUGCACGACCUUCCUGCUUGCCGCUGAGGUCUACCCCAUCUCGGUCCGUGCCACUGCCCACGGUAUCUCGGCUGCCUCUGGCAAGAUUGGUGCCCUCAUGCCCGCCGUCAUCUACAACUACAUUGACGACCACACCAAGUUCUGGGUUGUGUGCUGGUUCGGAUUCCUCGGAUGGAUCGUCACUGAGAUCUUCAUCCCUGACGUUACCGGCCUCGACCUCCGUGAGCAGGACCGCUACUGGGCUUUCGUCCGUGAGGGCCGCGCCAAGGACUACCACGGUAUCGCUGUCAACCCCCGCCACCUGUCCCUCUUCGAGCGUGUUGUCCUCAAGCGUCACAAGGCUUACGACCCCGAGCUUGACCGCCAGAGCCGCAUCAAGGAGCUCCGUGUCAUGUGGGAGGCCCGCCAGCAGCAGAAGGCCCUCGAGGAGCCCGGACAGACCAUCAUUGUUCCCGCCGAGGACGACGAGCUUUCGUCCAACGCCGAGUCGUUCUUCGAGAAGGAGUUCAAGCACGCCGAGCUCAACGACGACUUCCCGCAUCCGUCGCACGACGACCAGCUCCAGAUCCAGCGCCAGAUCACCCGCCAGUCGAUCGCCGAUGCCAUCGGCGACCACCACAACGAGAAGCGCUAA